AUGCCUCCUCUGAUUGGUUCUAACUAUGCCUCCUCUGAUUGGUCCUCAUCUACUCUAGGCAGCAGUGGGGAGCAGCUCACAGCGCUCUACAGCGCCUCCUUCAGGAGGAGGCCCCAGCAGAGCAAAGAUCUGGAGGUCCCGGUCCCUCGGUACUUCCUGAGAGAGAAGAAUCAGAAGAAGAAGAAGUUCUCCAACAUCCUGGAAGCUCAGCUAACCAAUCAGACGGCGCACCACAUGGCGCCGAUGGGUUUGGAGGAGGCGGUGCUUCUCCUGCAGGUGUCUGAGCGCGCUCGGCAGGGACGAAUCAGAGCCCAGUACGUGAAGGAGCUCGUCCAAUCAGAAAGAGGCGUCCACAGACACACCUGGAAACGCCCAAAACUGACCCCCCAUCAGGCCGCCAUCACCCUCCAGAAGGUGUGGAGAGGGUACCAUCAGAGGAAACAGACCGACAGACUGAGAAUCGAGGAGAUGAUGUUCCUGGGAAUGAUCCCAGCGGAGCCUCCUGGUCCCGGUUCUGCCCGUCUCCGGGCCCAGCGUGCGUCGACGAGUCUGAUCCAGGACCAGGACCAGGACCAGGAGGAGGAGGAGUACCGGAGAGCUCGGCUCCGUGUGAAACGUUCUCUUCUGGACGUGGAGGGAACCCAGAUCAGGGAGACUCUGCAGGAACAGAUCCGACAGUGGUUCCUCGAGUGCAGAGGCGCUACGGGGAAGUUUCCGGACUUUCCUGACGGAGAAGCCGGAGGAUCAGCGUCUCUUUUCUCCCAAAAAACACCUGAACAGGUGUCAGCGGAGCUGGCAGCGCGAGAGGAGGAGAGGCAGAAGAAGAAAGGGGAGAAAAAGAAGGAGAGAGAGAAAGAGAAGACAAGAAAAAUUAAGAAAAAGAAGAAGAAGAAAGCGAAGAUACAGGAAGACUGGAGUCGAAGCCGUUUCCUCCCUGACGUCGUUAAAGGAGACCACAUGUUCACCGAUGUGUGGCGUUGUCGUGACGACCGGCAGCAGAGCAUCGACCUGCAGCUGCUCCGAGAGGAGACGAGACAGGAAGUGGAACAGGAAGUCAGGCUUCAGGUGGAUGAUCUGAUGAGGGCGGAGCUUAAAAACCUCAAACUGGUCGUGGACAAAACAAAGGAGAAGAAGACCAAGACAGGAAGCAGAAAGAAAAAGAAGAAAACCAAGAAAAAGAAGAAGAGAGACCUGACAGCAGACAGGUCUCUGCAGUCUCUGUGUGAAGAGUUGAUUCUGGAAGGUUUCCUCAUCCAACCAAUGAACAUCAAGCUUUCAGACUACAUCGGUGAGUUCAGCUUCGUGGCCUCGACUCUCCAGCGGCUGAACGUUGAACCGACGCCGUCUCUCUCCGAUAUCCGGCAGCUCGUCGCUCUGUACGCUGUCCUGCCGCGCUCCCCUGCUGUCUGGGAGAAGUUCCCGGUGAUGAACACUCUGCUGCUGGCCGGUCCGUCUGGCGUGGGGAAGAAGAUGCUGGUGCACGCCGUCUGCAGCGAGACCGGCGCGCACCUGUUCCACCUAAACCCCGCCCACCGGAGCCCUGACCACUUAAGCCCCGCCCACCAGAGCCCCGCCUACUUGCUGCACCGCAUUUUCAAGGUAGCAGGUGAGCUGCAGCCGUCUGUGAUCUGGAUUGAAGACGCGGAGAAAAUCUUCUGCAAGAAAACUCCAAAAAGUGACAGAAAGUCUGAUCCUCGGAGGUUCAGGAAAGAGCUGCUGAAGUGUCUGAAGUCUCUGGAGCCGCAGGUUCGAGUCCUGGUGAUCGGGACCACGCGCCGGCCGUUUGACGCCGACGUUAAACCGUUCUGUAACGUUUACAAGAAGAUCCUCCUGAUCCCCAAACCAGACUACUCCUCCAGACUGGCGCUGUGGAGGGCUCUGCUGCGAGCUGAGGGGGCGGAGCCAGCUGCGUCUCUGGACCUCAGCUCAUUGGCUAAGAUCUCAGAGGAGCCCCGCUAGCCGGUCACUGCCGGUCCUGCGCUGCGCUCCGUUCUGGCCGCCCCCCGGCUGCAGAGGCUCCGCCUCCGGCCGCUGGUCGCCGCCGAGUUCAUCCAAUCACUGGCCAGGAUGGAGCCGGUCUACAGCGGCGAGGAACACGCCUUCAAGGUGUGGUUCAGCAAGACACCGCUCGGCCGCAGGAAGGCACGAGCUGCCAAAACCACCACCAAAGAAGAAGAAGAAAAAGGAGGGAAAGAAGGGAAGAAGAAAAAGAGCAAAGAGGACAAAAACAAGAGGAUGAAAAAGAAGAAAAUGAUUUAAUAAUGAACUGAUUCAUAAGGAACAAAAAAGAGACAUUUAACAUCAACUUGUGUCUAAAAUUGAAAUAUGUUUUUAUUUUGAAAACCAUGUUU